AUGAUUCGUAAAGAAUUUCAGAAACUGUUGUCGCAAAUCGAGGUGACGAACGAUAAAGAAAUUAAAAAAAGAUGCGAUGCGACGGCGACGAUUACCUCGCAUGGAGGAUACCGAAUGAUCACAUGGGAACUGCGGGAGUCUGACGACCAGAUGUUCAGCGUCAUCGUUGAUCCGUUCCUUAGCUUCCGGAUGCACAACAAAGUGGACAUCGGGUAG